AUGAACAGCAAGUACAGAUAUGGCUCCGCGGAGUUCUACCACCAGAUCCUCAAUGGCUAUGGAAAGGCUAGCAUUCCCUUGGAGACCUUUGUGUCAGACUCCCAGUACAUGAACCAUGAUGAGGACUUCACCCUUGGCGACAAGUUCCCUCUUGCUGACAUGAAGGAUUUCCUCAACAGAUCCAAGGCCCAGGGCCAGCGCUGGGUUCCCAUUUUGGACCCAAACAUCCACAUCAGGAAGGGCUACACACCGUAUGACAGCGGCAUCAAGCAGGACAACUUGAAGGAUGUCUCAGGGAAGCCGUAUGUUGGGCAGCUGGAUGGCCUCUGGAUUGACAUGAAUGAGCCCUCCAACUACUGCACAGGCGAUGUGUGCUGGAACGGCGACACUGUGCCGGCGCGCAAUGACUUCAUCUGCAUGCUGGGCUGUGUCAGCGGGAGGGACCAGGUGAUGGCCACAGCUGGCAACAAGAGCAUCACGCUCAACGAGAGCUACUUCAACCCGUACGCCAUCAACAACGGCGACAACAUUGCGUACAACAUUAGCUACAAGUCUGCCCAUUAUGCUACCUUUUCGUGA